AUGCUCUGGCGGACCAAGUCCCACCACAGCCAGGCCUCGGAGCAGGACGGCAUCGCGCGCACCACGUCCGCCUCCAAGAAUGACCUGGCCGCUUCGGCGUCACAGGCUGCGGGCACCUCGUGGCUCGCCGGCCACCUGAACCAUCUGACGCCCGAGCAGGAGGGGAAGCUGAGCGAGUUCAAGGCUAUUUGUGCUGAGCGCAAGUAUUAUACUCCGGCCGUGGAGGUGGCGGAGGGGGUGGAGGCCACGCCGGCGAGCCAUGAUGAUGCGACGAUGCUGCGCUUUUUGCGAGCCCGCAAGUUCGAUGUCGAGGGAGCGUGGGGUCAAUUCAAGGACACCGAGGACUGGCGCAAGGACAAUGCCAUCGAGGCACUCUAUGAGAAUAUCGGGGUGGACUCGUACGAGGCCGCACGGCGGAUGUAUCCGCAAUGGACCGGCCGUCGCGAUCGCCGCGGGAUCCCCGUUUACGUCUUCGAGAUCCGUCACCUGGACUCCAAGGGGAUGGCCGCCUACAACAACAGCCUGUCUAACGGCACGCCCGAAACGCACAAGUCUUCGUCCGUCCCCGCGCGUCUGCUCAAUCUGUUCGCCCUGUACGAGAACCUCUUGAACUUCGUCAUGCCGCUGUGCUCGUCGUUGUCGCGGCCCAACCCCGAGACUCCCAUUGUGACCUCCACCAAUAUUGUCGAUGUCAGCGGUGUCGGCCUGAAGCAGUUCUGGAACCUGAAGACUCACAUGCAAGAUGCCAGUGUGCUGGCGACGGCCCACUACCCGGAGACGCUGGAUCGCAUUUUCAUCAUCGGUGCACCUGCCUUUUUCCCCACUGUCUGGGGCUGGAUCAAGCGCUGGUUCGACCCGGUGACGACCUCCAAGAUCUUCAUCUUAUCCGCUGCGGAGGUGAAGCCCACCCUCACCUCUUUCAUGGACCCUGCCAGCUUCCCCCAGAAAUACGGUGGCGAGCUCGAGUGGCAGUGGGGCGACAUGCCCAACCUGGACGAGCCCGCCCGGGAACUGCUGCAGAACCUGGAGCAGUCCGCAGUCGAGGGCACGGAGAAGAAGCACAUCUUGAAGGGUCCGGUGCUCUUCAAGGGCGACACCAUCGAGGUGCUGGGUACCGAGGACGGCAAGCGCCGCCGGGAGACGAUCCUCGUGCCCAAGGUCCAACUCCAGCAAGAGCAGGCCAACGGCAACAGCAACGGCGCCGCAGUCCCCGCCAAGGAGUCCACGCCCUCCCUUGCCGGGGACGCGAAGAUCGGCGUGGACGGCGUGGCCGUGAACGUCAACCAGGUCACCACCGAGGAGACCCAGACCACAACCGCUGCCGCAUAG